GCAUUGCCCCAGCACUACCCUGCUAGUGAGCGUGGCAGCGUGAAGCUGGGGCCUGCUCCCCAGACACUACCGGGUACAUCAAGGACCUCUCAAGCUCUAUGUCGUUGGCCUUCCAAAAUCCAAAGCAUGGCAGAUGGGGAGCAGGCCAACCCCAAAGGGUUCAGGAAGAAGGUGCUGGUUAAACCCUCCACUAGACGGAAGAGCCCAAGCCUCGGGGCCUCUUCUUCCAAAAUCUCCAGGUCCAGCCUGAAUAUGAAGAAAUUCUUUGCCCUCGCAGUCCUGGCCGGCAGUGCUGUAUCCACCGUCCACAGCAGCCUGCUCAACCUGAAGUUCAUGGUGGAGGCUGUCACACACAAAAACGCCAUCCUGUCCUUCGUGGGCUACGGCUGCUACUGCGGACUGGGGGGACGCGGCCAUCCCAUGGAUGAAGUAGACUGGUGCUGUCACGCCCACGACUGCUGCUAUCAGAAAGUCUUUGACCAGGGCUGCCGCCCCUACGUGGACCACUAUGACCACAGAAUCGAGAACGACACCAUGAUUGUCUGCAGUGAACUCAAUGAGACGGAGUGUGACAAGCAGACGUGUGAGUGUGAUAAGACCUUGACGCUGUGCCUCAAGGAGCAGACAUACAGGGACAAGUACCGAGGCUACCUCAACGUCUACUGCCAGGGCCCCACGCCCAACUGCAGCAUCUACGACCCCUACCCAGAGGAAGUCACCUGUGGACAUGGCUUCCAAGUGACCACUGUCUCAACCUAGCCCGACUGAGGUCUGAGAGAAGAGAGGGUGGGAGAGCCUGGCUGGGGUCUACAUUUGGUGUGUGGGGCCAGAGAGGUCCAAAAGCUGUCCCGGGGCUGCCUCCCAGUCCUGUAGUGAGCUCAGUACUAGAAGCCUCUGGAAGGCCGAGCUUGUCCGUGGCCAUUACUCUGUCAUCCUCACGCUAAGUGUCAGGGUCUUAUGGAAAACACAGGACUUGCUGGGGUCUCUCCUGGAUAUGGAAGGAAACUCCAAGAAGCUUUUGGGACCCCUCACAGGCCUGGACUACACUCCACAACAGGCAGGGUGCUAGGUUGAGGCUUGGGUUCUGGGGGCCCUUGGAGUCCCACAAAAUGACUCAUGGCUGUCAUGCGUCAUCUCUUCUGUGAGGACCUGUGACUCUCUAGAGUCCCACUCACAGAGCGGGUGACCCCAUCCAGUUCUCAGCUAACAGGAUAGGCCCAAAGCCUGACCUCUGUUACCCAGAGUGCCUCUGGGCAGGCUCCAAGGGCUCAGGGACCCCGUGCACAGAGACUGGCUGGGGUGGCCACAGGUCCACAGUUCUUGCCUCUCUGACUGCUGCACAGAAGUAGCAAGUGCCCCACUGCACCUUUAUCCCACCCAAACCCAGAGUGGCAAGCUAGGGGUACCUGGAGCUCUCUCUCUCUCCCUAUGCAGAGUGAGGCCAGUUCGGACUGUGGCUGGGAAAGUGGGAAAGACACUGAGGUUCAGGUUGAAACGUGGGAUAAAGGUCAAAGCAGGAGGCUGAGAGGAAAACACAGCUAGGGAGGAAUCAAGAUUGUGAAGAAGUAGUGGGGAGAUGGGAGCAAGAUAUAUGGGGCCAGGCCGGUUGCCAGACAUAUAGAUGGGAACAGCAGGAGAAAGGAUUGUGACAGGGUAGUGUAACUGAGGAGGCUGGGGAAUCUUGGGCAGAGGUGAGGGCUCCUGCCAGCAGGUCACCUUCACCACUGUCCCCAGCCUUGUGUUUCUUCAGGUGUAUCUGCCCCUGUCCCCAGCCUCACCUUCUAUCUCAGGGUCAGCAGUAUCUAGCCCUGACUCACAUCUGUCUUCUGCCUUCAUCCAAUGUUAACUCUGAGGGCCCACGGAUGCCAACCUCAUCUGGACACUGAAGCCUGAAGCUCAGCUUGUGUGGCUACUUAGGACAUUGUCACUGAGGAGAGAGAGCCAAGCAGGAAAAGAUGUUUAGGCAGAUGGCGGUGUCUAGAAGGACGACAUUGAGACUAAGGGGUCACCGCGUGCAAGACGAACCCUUCUGAAGCUUGCCUCGUGCUGGUUGUCAUGUGACACGGUGGUCACCUAUGUGCACUGACCCAACUUGCCUUGGCCUUGUGAUCUUCGUCAUCUGCCCUCUCAGGAGCUCAGCCAACAAGCCUCCCUCCUCCUUCCCAUUCCCUUCCCCACUGGCCAGGGGCGGAGCUGGGAUGGGUGCCCAGAGAGCAUCCUGCUGAGUUUUGACCUCAGGCUUGCAGGCUCCUCCUCGGUAUCUUCCUAGAGAAAAGGCUGGGCUAAUGAGACUCUACUUUUGUGGGAUCUGGCUCACCCCUACCUCAGUCCCCCUCCUCCACCCGCUCCAGUCUCCACAGGAUGCAACAUCCCCUCCGCAGACUAAUAAAAAUCCUCUAGUCUUGGUU